AGGCGGGUCGGGCGGGCGCGGCGACUCCGGUGUGGCAGCUCCGAGCGCCGAAGCGACCCGAGUGUCUCCGCCGCCGCCGCCGCUGCUGCUGCUGCUGCUGCUUCCCGCGCCCACUCGCGGGACCCUGACGGCGGGGGGGGGCGUUAGCGGCCCCGCCCCUGCGAGUGUAGACCAUGAGCUUCCUCUUCAGCAGCCGCUCUUCUAAAACAUUCAAACCAAAGAAGAAUAUCCCUGAAGGAUCUCAUCAGUAUGAACUCUUGAAACAUGCAGAAGCAACUCUAGGAAGCGGGAAUCUGAGACAGGCUGUUAUGUUGCCGGAGGGAGAGGACCUCAAUGAAUGGAUCGCCGUUAACACUGUGGAUUUCUUCAACCAAAUCAACAUGCUAUAUGGAACCAUUACAGAAUUCUGCACUGAAGCGAGCUGCCCAGUCAUGUCUGCGGGGCCACGGUAUGAAUAUCACUGGGCAGAUGGUACUAAUAUUAAAAAGCCAAUCAAGUGUUCUGCACCAAAAUACAUUGACUAUUUGAUGACUUGGGUUCAGGAUCAACUUGAUGAUGAAACUCUUUUUCCUUCUAAGAUUGGUGUCCCGUUUCCCAAAAACUUCAUGUCUGUGGCAAAGACCAUCCUAAAGCGUCUCUUUAGGGUUUAUGCUCAUAUUUAUCACCAGCACUUUGACUCUGUGAUGCAGCUGCAGGAGGAGGCCCACCUCAACACCUCCUUUAAGCACUUUAUCUUUUUUGUUCAGGAAUUUAAUCUCAUUGAUAGGCGUGAAUUGGCACCGCUUCAGGAGUUAAUCGAGAAGCUUGGAUCUAAAGACAGAUAAAUGUUUCUUCCAGAACUCAGUUAUCUUCUUGCUUCACUCACUGCUAGAACUAUCUCAUUGCAAUCUGUUAUAGACUAGUGAUACAAACUUUACAGAAAGAUAAAGAGACACUUAAUGUCUAUGGCUGCCUAUAAAGUUGUCUCAAAGGUAGGUAAGCCUAAUGCCUUCAGAGAGAGAAAUUGAGGACACAGCCAAGAGUAUGAGGUACUGUGUGACCACACCUGUUACUGACACAGUCGUGCCUGGUUGUGAAAUAUAAUAACUGAUCUAUACUUUAUUAGUUUACUUAUUUCUUUAUUGAGAAAGACGAUAAAGUCUGUUUUAGGUGAAUAUUAAGAAUUUCCACCAAUAAUUUAUUAGUAAGUUUCCAGAGCAUUUUUCCUGAUAACACAGAUUGUUUUACUCUUGUUUUUAUUUUACAAAUAAGAUAGGUAUUUUUAAGUUUCGUUAAGGUAAAGAACAUUUAUGUUACUUUGGAUGAUCUUUUAGUUUAAAAUUUGUAUGUUAUGGUUUUAUAGUUAAGAAAAUAUAUGUAUAUUUUUUCAAAAUCCCUGAUUGCUGUUUAAAUCAUCUUAUGAAUACACAGUAUGGGAGUAACUGAAGUUAUUUCUAAAAUGACUUACCCACAUAAACCUGUCUAAAUUUUUAGGUGUGUGUGUGUGUAUGUAAAAUAAUUUUUAAGUCAUGUGAAAAUGAUCAUGUGAGAAUUUUAUUUUGAAAUGGUUUCAUUCAGAUUAAUUUUAUGUGUAGCCUUUGGCUGGAAAAAAAUGAAAAGAAAACUUUUUCCCAAUUAUGAUAGAUUUAGGUCUCAAAACCAUUGUUUUCUUGCACAGUGGUUUUUAGCCAGCUUGAAAUUUUAUGUAAGAGAAUAUAAAAAGAUACUCAAAAGUACUCAGUUUUAUUCUGUUUUUAUGGUGACUUGAGAAUUAAGAGUAGCUUAGAAAUGCAUGAAUAAUGCAUAAGACUGGAGACCCACAAUAAUAAAAAAAAAAAACCCUUGAAGGGUGUACACUUAUGUAACAGCUAAAAGUUUUGGUGUGCUACCUGUUUAUGAGUGUGUUUACCUGUGUUUACAUGAGACAAAAUGGGAAGAAUAAACUUCUGAAAGCCUCGUUUUUAUUAAUCAGAUGACAGAUUGAGUUUCCAUUUGGGCUUUUUCCCUGGUUUUAGAUUGUUUUCAUACCAAAACUUGAAUUUAUUCUGUUUCUUUUGGGAUUAAAAAAAAAAAAAUGAUCUCCACUGUUAGUGAAGAACAGAACUUAGGACUGGAGUGGUAGUACAAUGGAUAGGGCAAUUUUCCUUGCACACAACCAGCCCAGAUUGGAUUCGAUCUCCAGCACCCCAUAUGGUUCCACAAGUACCAUCAGAAAUAAUUCCUGAGCACAGAGCCAUGAGUAAGCCACAUAAGCAUUACUGAGUGUGGCCCCAAAAUAGGGGGGGGGAGAUAAAACAAAAAAAUUGAUCUGAUUUUUACUUUCUAAGAUUUAGUAAAUUCUAGCUCUAGUUAAAAUGUAUUAAGGCAUAAGUAUACUGAAGACUUGCUCUACUGACAAAGCUUUCAGCACAGCAGCGUUCUCUUUUUUAGAGCUGUGAUUGUGCAGUGUCUACCAACUUCCUGGUGACUUUGAUGAAUAACUUUGAUAGCUUGUGGGGGGUGUUUUGGGUUUGUUUGGUUUGUUUUCAUUUUGUGAUGCUGGGAGUUGAAACCAAGGCCCACACAUACAAGCUUAGCACUCUACCACUGACCUCCAAUCCCAGUGAGAGAAAGGGUUGUCAGGUUUCAAAGUUUUUUUGAUGGUUGUUAUUUUUUUUCUGUUAGAAUAUCAUGAAAAUAAAAACUUCAUUUUUAAACUCAAUUUCAUAAAUUGUUAAAUAUGUAAACCAAACUUUAAAGAAAGUAAAUAUCUAAUUUACACUGAAACCAUGCAUCAUUCUUUAAGUAAUAAAGAGUGGGAUCACUAUGAAAAAGAAAAGCCUCUGAAAUAUUGCACAGUCUAUCUUGAAGCAUAUUAAACAGUUCCCUGUACAGCAUUUGCUUGUUUAUGUUGAUAAUUUGCAAACAAGGAAGCAGACGCCAUGUGCCACCUAAAAUGUUAACUGCUUCUCAAGUGUAUUUUUUUGCAUUUUAAUGUUUUAAUUUUUUUUGGGGGGGGGGUUAUAUCCUGCAGUGCUCAGGGGCUACUCCUGGCGGUGUUCUGGGGAUCAUAAGGGGUAGCUGAGAUCAAAACCAGGUCAGGCGUGUGCAAGGCAGACACCCUACUCCUAUACUAUCUCUAGAAAAAGCGUCUCAGUUUUAAACCUUGUUGACUUAACAAAAAAUUUUUUUUUUAUGCAAGAAGUGAGAUUCUAUUUCUGAGCUAGGUUUUACUCACAUUUCUAACACUUUCUUGUUAGAAAUUCUCCUUUUCAUGACACAACCUCAAAACAAACCAAAGAUGGCUCGAACAGUAAUAAAGGCUUUAUCUUUGUGGGACAUCAGUUAAAGAACUUUGUUGGUAAUUUGAGAUUGACUUCUUUCAUACUGAAAAACAGAACAUUGAAAACAUUACCAGGUUCCUAAGCCAGUGUGAUGCAGCUAACAAAGGCAUCUAAACAUGAGUGUUAACAUUAUUUGUUUACAUCCAGACCAAGAGUCAGGGCAGGAGGAGAAUUGGAGGAAAGGGAGAGGAUAGCGCCUUCCUGGCUUGCUGGGAAGGUCGGCCUUGAUAAGAAUUGGAAAAAAUCAGUCCAGCUCUGACUCCUCUCACUUUGGUUUUAUCUCCCUGUGCCCAGGAUCUUGUGUUGCACAGCAUUCACCCCUGCCCGCUCCUAAUCAGAAGCCAUUCCCUCCCGGUGUGUCUCUGUGUUCCUCACAACUGAUUACAGUCAUGGGCAGGACAUUUGUGCUCAAUUAUGCAAUUCAUCAUCCUCUGGUGCUUUAAUUUUCAGGCAUUUAAUAAAAAACUGUGGACAAUGAUGUGCAGAGUUUUGUUUAAAUAUUAAAACUUUCUUGUAUUGCAGAUUUUAUAUUGACAGCUAAUUGUAUUCUUUAUUCUUCAGAUUAUGAAUAAAGCUAUGUCACAAGGCUGUCAGCUAAUAAAAGUAUUUCUUUCGUCUUAGACUUUCAGAACCUAAAGCUUAUAUAGCUGUCUGCUUGGGGCGGGGUGGGGGGAACCUGGAAAUCUUAUAUUCCUGGGACUAGAUGACAAAGCGAAAGUCUUUGUUGUAAUGUAGAGGCUAGAGAAACAGUCCUAGCCUGGAAAAAAAAAAGUGGGGGUUUGCAGCCAUUGUUGGAUUUUUCGGGUUAGAUGGUAGACUUCUUUUUCUGAGCAGUGAGAUUGUACGAGAAGAGGAGUUUGUAAGUGGAACAUCGUUGCCUCAAAAGUUAAACAAAUCCAGUCCAAAGAGUUUGAAUUAUAGAGAUUUGUUUCUAAGCAGCCAGUCAUGGUGCUAAAAGUUCCCCGCAUGGUUAUAGGGGCUGUCUCCAGGAGAGGAGACUCAACUGCAAAAUGCAGGCUGGGAUGCCAGCCAUGAGCAUCUCCAACAGCGACUUGAGUUCCUCCUGUGAGCAGUCCAGUGAAUGGAUUUUGGGUUUUACUAAUACAGAAUUUAGACAAAAUGAAAAGUUGUCCCCUUAAUUUUCCUUCUUUGUAUUAGAUUUUGAUAUUCCUGACUGUAUAAAAGACUUUGGGGGGGCGGGAAUUCAUGUUGUAGCGAUGAUUUUUUUUAAUUGAAGUAAUUGCAUUGAAAUUUACUUGUUUUCUGUUCUUUAUCAGAGUGUAUCCUAAACAAGUAUUUUGUAAGUCCAAAUGGAUUGCAUAUGCUGUAGAUUUAUUAUAGGACAACAUUCAGUGUUUGGUCUACAUUGAAAAUAGUUUGUAUAAGUUAGUCUUAGUUACCAUUAUCUUAAAAUGUUCUUUACAUUAAAAUUCAUGCUGUAUUUUUAAGCCUUUUCGGGACUUUUAUCUAUUUUUCUAAGUCAGUUAACUGUUCUUUAAAAAACGUAUUUUGUAUCUACUUUUGUAACGUCAUCAGAAUAAAAUAUAUUGGAAAAAAAAAAU